AUGGGAACUGAUGCUGCGGCCACGGUAUGCGUCACCGGAGCUUCUGGCUUCAUCGGCUCAUGGCUCGUCAUGAGACUUCUAGAACGUGGUUAUAUUGUUCGUGCAACCAUUCGUGAUCCAGAGAACAAGCAAAAAGUAAAACAUCUAUUGGAAUUGCCGAAAGCGGACACGAACCUGACACUGUGGAAAGCGGACAUGACAUUAGAAGGAAGUUUUGACGAAGCAAUCCACGGCUGUGAAGGAGUAUUUCAUGUUGCCACUCCUAUGGACUUUGAAUCCAAGGACCCUGAGAAUGAAGUGAUCAAGCCCACAAUUGAGGGAUUUUUGAGCCUAAUUAGAUCAUGCGCUAAGGCAAAAACUGUCAAGAGAAUAGUGUUCACUUCCUCUGCUGGAACUGUAAACGUUGAAGAACACCACAAAUCUGUCUAUGAUGAAACUGACUACAGUGACAUGGAUUUCAUAUAUUCCAAGAAAAUGACUGGAUGGAUGUAUUUUGUUUCCAAAAUUUUGGCUGAGAAAGCUGCGUGGGAAGCUGCUAAAGAGAACAACAUUGGUUUCAUUAGUAUUAUACCAACAUUAGUAGUUGGUCCAUUCAUCACGCCAACCUUCCCACCGAGCCUAAUUACUGCACUUUCGCCAAUCACUGGGAAUGAAGCACACUACUCGAUCAUCGCGCAAGGUCAAUAUGUGCAUUUGGAUGAUCUAUGUGGGGCUCAUAUAUUCUUGUAUGAACACCCUAAUGCUGAGGGAAGAUACAUUUGCUCUUCUCAUGAUGCAACCAUUUAUGAUUUGGCAAAAAUGAUUCGAGACAAAUGGCCCGAAUAUGACAUCUCUACCGUGUUUGAAGGAAUUGAUAAGGACAUAGAAGUUGUGAGUUUCUCCUCCAAGAAGCUGAUAGGAAUGGGUUUUACUUUCAAGUACACCUGGGAAGACAUGUACACAGGAGCCAUCGAAACAUGCAGAGAGAAGGGAUUGCUGCCAUAUUACACUAUAAACCAACCCAAUAAAAGAAACAAGGAAUUGCUUCUCGACUCCGAGAAACUUCAUGCUCAUGAUCAAGAGAAUCAUACAAAAGGCAGGGUGUAG